AUGGCCCAGCCAUGGCUGUCCUGCUUCCUGCUUCUUGCCCUCAUGGUGUCUGUGGCAGCCAAUGUGGCCCCGAAGUUCCUGGCCAACAUGACGGUAGUGACCCUGCCUGAGGACCUGCCGGUGGGUGCCGAGGCCUUCUGGUUGGUAGCCGAAGACCGGGACAAUGACCCUCUCACGUAUGGGAUUAGUGGCUUGUAUGCAUCCUUCUUCACUGUCACCGCGAACACCGGGCAAGUGAGGCUUGCCGGCCUUCUGGACUUCGAGACACUCAACUCUUUCAGCAUCGACAUCUCCGCAAAAGACAACUACAACUCAGUGCAGAAGGUAAUGCAUGUGAUCGUGGAGGACAGAAAUGACAACGCACCUGUCUUCCAGAACACUGCGUUCUCCACCAGCAUUGAUGAGACCCUGCCCGUGGGCAGCGUGGUGUUCUCCGUGCUGGCGGUGGACAAAGACACGGGCUCGGCGGGCGCGGUGGUGUACUCCAUAGAGCAGGUCAUCCCUAGUACUGGGGACAGCGGGCAUCUCUUCCGGAUCCUGGCCAACGGCUCCGUCGUGCUCGACGGCAGCCUCAGCUACAGCAGCAAGAGCGCCUUCUACCAGCUGCAGCUGGAGGCCUGCGACUCGGGCGGCAUGUACGAAGGCAGCGUCAUCGCCCAGUGCUCCUCGCCUGUCUUCCUGUCCAUCUCCGUGGUCGACCAGGCUGACCUGGACCCCCAGUUUGUCAGGGAGUUUUACUCGGCCACUGUGUCCGAGGACGCAGCCAAGGGAACCUCAGUGCUGAAGGUGGAGGCUGUGGACGGUGACAAAGGCAUCAAUGACCCUGUGACCUACAGCAUCACCGACUCCACGAGGCCUGGCUGGUUUGACAUUGGGGGGGACGGGGUCGUCAGAGUCAAUGCUCCCCUGGACCGCGAGCAGCUGCUGGCGGAGGACGAGGAGGUGCGGCUGCGGGUCACGGCCACCGAGGCACGCCCCAACAUCCAUGGGGAGGAGGCCAAGGCGAGCACCUGGGUCACACUGAGGGUGACGGACGUCAAUGACCACAAACCUGAGUUUUACAACUGCAGCCUCGCGGCCUGCACCUUCACCGCCCAAGAGGCCUGCGGCAACUUCUCCGGCUACGUGGACGAGCAUGCCUCCCCCCGCAUCCCCGUCGACGGCCUCACCAUGGCGGCCUACGACCCAGACAAGGGCCGCAAUGGCACCUUUCUGCUGUCCCUGGGGGGCCCUGAUGCACAAGCCUUCAGCGUGUCCCCCGAGCGGGCGGUGGGCUCCGCCGACGUGCAGGUGCUGGUGAGGGUGUCGGCGCUGGUGGACCACGAGCAGCGGACGGUGAUGGUGGUGCAGGUCGUGGCCACGGACUCAGCCAGCCAGAAUGCCUCCAUCGCCACGGCGACCAUCCACCUUAGAGACAUCAAUGACCACAGGCCCACGUUCCCCCAGAGUCUGUAUGUCCUCACUGUGUCAGAGCACAGUGCCACUGGCUCUGUGGUCACCAGCAGCGUCCAUGCCACGGACCCAGACACCGGGGAGUGGGGCAGUGUCACCUACAGCCUGCUCCCAGGAAACGGGGAAGACCUCUUUGAGGUGGACCGAGUCUCGGGGACAGUGACAGUGAAGAACGGCAUGCUGCUGGACCGGGAAGUUCAGGCCGUGUACUACCUGACACUGCAGGCGACGGACGGCGGGGACCAGUCCACCUCCACCACGCUGCAGAUCCACCUGCUGGACAUCAACGACAACGCGCCUGUGGUCAGCGGCUCCUACAACGUCUUUGUCCAGGAGGAGGAAGGCAACGUCUCUGUGACCAUCCAGGCCCAUGACGACGACCAGCCUGGCACCAACAACAGCCGUCUGCUCUUCAGCCUGCUGCCUGGGCCCUACAGCCACAACUUCUCUGUGGACCCCGACACAGGGUUCCUCAGAAACCUGGGGCCCCUGGACCGAGAGGCCAUCGACCCCGCCCUGAACGGCCGCAUUGUGCUGACUGUGCUUGUGUCUGACUGUGGCGUGCCUGUCUGCAGCACCAAAGUGAAUGUCACCAUCACUGUGGAGGACAUCAACGAUAACCUGCCGGUCUUCAACCAGUCCAGCUACCGCUUCCUGGUGCAGGAGAGGCGUCCAGGGGAGCUGGUGGGCGUGCUGGAGGCCCGUGAUGCAGACCACACGGAAGCAAACAACCGCAUCAGCUUCAGCCUGUCGGGGAGCGGCGCCAACAGCUUCGCGAUCCGAGGCUUGGUGCUGGGGUCCGGGUGGGCUGAGGGCCGAAUCCGGCUGCCCCCGGACUUGACUCUGGACUAUGAGGCACGGCCUUUCUUCAAUCUGACAGUGAGCGCCGAGAACCCAGACCCCCAGGGGGCCGAGGCCACGGCAGAAGUCCUCGUGGCCGUGGAGGACGUGAACGACGAACCACCCGCCCUGGACUCGGCCUCGCUCCGGGGCAUCCUUGUGGCCGAGAACGGCUCGCAGCACGGCCACGUGGCGGAGGUGGUUGCCUGCGACGCGGACACGGAGGCCCAGCUGGAGAUACAGCCUGCGAACGUCCUCUGUACCAAAGGCGGGGUCGACGUGGGCAGCCCGUGCCGCGGCUGGUUCUCUGUGGUGGCCAACGGCUCUGUGUACGUCAGUCAGAGCGAGGCCAUCGACUACGAGGCCUGUGACCUGGUCACGCUGGUCGUGCGGGCCUGGGACCUCACCACGGACCCCGGCUUCCAGGCCUGCAGCAGCAAUGGAAGCCUCCUCGUUACCAUCCAGGACGUGAAUGACAACGCACCCUAUUUCCUGCCUGAGAAUAAGACUUUCGUGAUCAUCCCAGAACUUGUGAUGCCCAACCAGCAGGUGGCUUCUGUCCAGGCCAGAGACGAUGACUCAGGGAACAAUGGAGCCAUCCUGUUCUCCAUCGUCCAGGUGGAUUUCAUCUUUAAGGACGGGGCCACGAUCCCUUGCCAGGGCUUUUUCCGGAUCUCCACCUCCUCGGAGGCCGACGUGUUCACAGGCAGCAUUGAGCUGGCGACCAGCCUCAAUUCCACUCUCCAAGGCACCUACCAAGUGAUGGUCCAGGCCCAGGAUAGACCUUCUGUGGGCUCUGCCCAGAAAGCCAAAAUCACCCUGAAUCUCUUCACUGUGGACCAGAGCUACCGCGUGCAGCUGCAGUUCUCCACACCCAGGGAGGAGGUGGGCGCCAACACAGAGAAGAUUAAGGAGGCUCUCGCCCAGGCGACCAGGACUACUGUCUAUGUUGUGAGUAUUCAGGACAUAGGCUCCGUGGCUCGCGCCCGAGCCCGCUCCUACCUCGAUGCCUACUUCGUCUUCUCCAAUGGGUCGGCCCUGACACUUAAUGAGCUGAGUGUGAUGAUCCGGAACGACCAGGAUGCACUGAUGCAGCUGCUGCAGCUGGGGCUGGUGGUGCUGGGCUCCCAGGAGAGCCAGGAGUCCAACCUGCCCAAUGUGCUCAUCAGCGUCAUCAUAGCUUUGGGGGUAGCUUUGCUGCUGGCCCUUGUGAUCAUGACUGUGGCCCUCAUGUGUGUGCGGAAGAGCUACCACCGGAAGCUUCGGGCUACGAAGGCUGCCAAGGAGGCCCGGAAGACAGCAGCGGGGGUGAUGCCCUCAGGCCCUGCCAUCCCAGGGACUAACAUGUACAACACUGAGCGGGCCAACCCCAUGCUGAACCUCCCCACCAAUGACCUGGGCUUGGAGUACUUCUCCACUGGCAACUUGGAUGACAUCAGCCUCAACUCCCUAGAUGACAACUCUGUGGAUCUAGACAAGAAACAUCAGGAAAUGAAGGCAAGACGUCCUCCCCUCUCCCCACAGGAGGAACUGCGCAGUCAGCAGGGGCCAGCUCCAGAGCCCCUGAGCGUGGUCCUGUCAGGAAGGCAGGCAGGCGUGGGGACACAGCAGCAGCAGGAGUCGUCCUUCACCAAUGCUGGCCUGGACACCACAGACCUAUGA